CAGAAGUGUGUCCGCCGACAUUUGUCACGGGAUCCUCCUAUGGGCCCUGUGGGUAGUUGACCUUUCUGAAAAGAGGGCACCAACAUGAUCGAUGCACCACUUUGACUCGGCACCUAUUAAAACAGGUUCCCGAAUAGGUUCCCGAAUAGGUCCUUGUCGCGCAACGAGUCGACUCAGACGGGGCCCGUUAUGUAAUCCGUAUCGAUAGAGAACCCGACAAGGUGCCGUCAUCGGCAGCCAGUCACAAAAAAGUUAAUGUUCAGCAAUACAACACUAUGCGUUGAACGGUCCCACUAUCAACGAAUUUGACAAUUCUUCGAGCGCACUGCGCUCCAACAUUCGCUUGACCAUGUCGCGCAGAGCCGUUGUGAACGCCGCGUGGGCCCGGUCCCUCAGCCGGGCGAACAACCGCGCCUCCGUCCAGAGCGUAAUGAGCCAACGGCUCCCACGCACAGCAUUCCACCAGCUUUCAUACCGUCGCCUGACAAGCACGAUCCCCUCCGGCCGAGCAACCUUCGCCCAAGUCCACGCACCCGAAUUCUCCUUCGCAGACAUCCCGACCGACAAGAAAACGCCACAGACCCUGACGGAGAAGAUCGUCCAGCGCCAUGCCGUUGGUCUCCCCGAGGGAAAGCUCGUCCGGAGCGGUGACUACGUGCAGAUCGAGCCCUAUCGGUGCAUGUCCCACGACAACACCUGGCCCAUCGCCAAGAAGUUCAUGUCCAUGGGCGCCACCCGGGUCAAGGACCCCAGCCAGAUGGUUUUCGCCCUUGAUCACGACGUACAGAACAAGACCGAGUCAAACCUGAAGAAAUACGAACAGAUCGAGGCGUUUGCGAAGAAGCAUGGGGUUGUCUUCUUCCCCGCCGGCUAUGCGAUCGGUCACCAGGUCAUGGUUGAAGAGCUCUUUGUCUGGCCAGGCACAUUAUGUGUGGCUUCCGACUCCCAUAGUAAUAUGUAUGGCGGCAUAAGUGCUCUUGGAACUGCUCUUGUGAGGACGGAUGCCGCGUCGAUCUGGGCGACCAAGAAAAGUUGGUUCCAGAUCCCUCCUGUCGCGCAGGUAACUCUCACAGGAACUAUGCCCCCGGGAGUUACCGGGAAGGACGUUAUUGUUGCUCUCUGCGGACUGUUCAACAGCGAUGUUCUCAACCACGCGGUCGAGUUCACCGGAUCUGAAGAGACGAUGGCUAGUAUCUCGGUGGAUAACAGACUCACAAUCAGCAAUAUGUCAACUGAGUGGUCUGCGCUCUCCGCAAUGUUCCCGAUAGACCGGACUUUGGAAAAGUGGCUGCGAUACAAGGCCACAGAGGCAGCAAUGCAUCCGGAUCGCACAACUAGCCAACGAAUCACGCACGAGAAGAUCGACGAGCUCUAUGCCAAUCCGGUCCACGCCGACCCCGGAGCACAUUACGCAAAGAAGCUAUAUCUAAACCUUUCUACAUUAUCACCAUACAUAUCAGGCCCCAACUCAGUCAAGAUCUCCACACCUCUUAGCGAGCUCGCGCCAAAGCAAAUCAAGGUCGAUAAGGCCUACAUUGUGUCCUGCACCAACUCCAGAGCCUCUGAUCUUGCUGCAGCGGCCAAGGUCUUCAAGGACGCCGCAAAGGCCAAUGGCGGUAAGACGCCUAAGAUCGCAGAUGGUGUCAAGAUGUACAUCGGAGCGGCUUCAAUUCGUGAGCAGGAGUACGCAGAAGACAAGGGCGAUUGGCAGACACUUCUCGAAGCCGGAAGUAUCCCGCUCCCGGCCUCGUGUGGGCCUUGUAUUGGACUGGGAACUGGUCUUUUGGAGCCUGGCGAGGUGGGAAUCUCCGCCUCGAACCGCAACUUCAAGGGGCGCAUGGGCUCUCGAGACGCCCUCGCCUACCUGGCUAGCCCCGAGGUUGUAGCCGCCAGCGCCCUUCAUGGAACCAUCUCAGGAACAGGCGAGUUUCAGAUUCCAGAGAACUACUCCGGUGUGGAGUACGGCUACGGCACAGGCCGACCUGCAACCGCAGAAAGCGAGCUCAGCAAUGCUCUGGAACAGCUUGAGUCGCUAAUCGACCGGGUUGAGUCCUCUGUGGGUGGUGAUGAGACAGCAAAAGCAACAACUCAGAUCCUCCCUGGCUUCCCGGAGAAGAUCACCGGCGAGAUCGUCUUCUGUGACAUGGACAACCUCGACACUGACAACAUCUACCCGGGCAAGUACACCUACCAGGAUGACAUCACAAAAGAGGGCAUGGCACAGGUCUGCAUGUCAAAUUACGACCCAAACUUCGGCUCAGUGGCCAAGCCAAACGACAUCCUCGUCUCGGGCUUCAACUUUGGCUGCGGCUCCUCGAGAGAGCAAGCCGCGACGGCAAUCCUGGCAAAGCAGAUACCGCUCGUUGUGGCGGGCAGCUUCGGAAACAUCUUCUCGCGGAACAGCAUCAACAACGCGCUCCUGGGCCUGGAGGUCCCACGGCUCAUCGAGCGCCUGCGCGCGACUUUUACCCGCGAGGACAAGACCCCGACCCGGCGGACGGGCUGGACGCUGACGUGGGACGUCGCGCGGAGCACCGUCGAGGUGCAGGAGGGCGAGGGCGGUGACCGCUGGGAGGAGAAGGUCGGCGAGUUUGCCGCCAACCUGCAGGAUAUUGUAGCCAAGGGUGGCUUGGAGGAAUGGACAAAGCACGAGAUGCAGAAGUCCGACUCAUAGAUGCCUUGCAAAACGAAGAGAGAUCAAACCUUGAUAGUGAGCAACUUAUGUUAUGAGAAAAUUGAAAUAUUUACAAUCUCA